CUCCUCUCACACCCCAAUCACCAAAGAGAGAAACGCGUUCCCCGCGGCCAAUCGGCACGCCGUCGCCCCUAGCAACGACGUCCAUCAGUUUGGCACGACCAAUGAGCGGGCGGGGCGGAGCGGCGCGGAGAUGCAGGUGAGCCUCGGCGUCCACUCGGCAGAGCGCCGGGAGGGAGCCGCCUGUAGGCAGCAGACGAGAGGAUGCGUGCGUCAAAUGCGAGCUGGUUCUAAUGCGAGCUACCAGUCCGGCUCCGAGCGUCAUGGCGACCGCAGCGUCUAACCACUACAGCAUCCUCACCUCCAGCGCAUCCAUCGUGCACUCGGAGCCUGGCAGCAUGCAGCAAGCCGCGGCGUACCGGGACGCGCAGAGCCUGUUGCAGAGCGACUACCAGCUGCAGGGCAACGGCCACGCGCUGAGCCACGCUCACCAGUGGAUCGCCGCGCUGUCCCACGGGGAGGCGGCCCCGUGGUCAUCGGAGCAGGACAUUAAACCGGCGGUGCAGAGCGCCCGAGACGACAUGCACAACUCCAGCAGCAACCUGCAGCACCAGGCGCGAGCGCCGUCCCACCUGCAGGUGCACCAGGCGGCGCACGGCGGGAACCACCACGACGCCCGGGCAUGGAGGACCACCACGGCGGCGCACAUUCCCAGCAUGGCGACCACCAACGGCCAAAGCUUGAUCUACUCGCAGCCGAGCUUCGGCGUCAACGGUCUGAUCCCGGGGCCGGGCGGCGGCCAGGGGCUGCACCACCACAACCUACGAGACCCUCACGAGGACCACCACAGUCCGCACCUUAGCGAGCACAGCCAUCCGCCGUCCCAGCAGCAUCAGCACCAGCACGGACCGAACCACCACCACGACCACUCGGACGAGGACACGCCGACCUCGGACGACUUGGAGCAGUUCGCCAAACAAUUCAAGCAGCGCAGGAUCAAGCUGGGCUUCACGCAGGCGGACGUGGGGCUCGCUCUAGGGACCUUGUACGGGAAUGUGUUCUCCCAGACCACCAUUUGCAGGUUUGAGGCCCUGCAACUCAGCUUCAAAAACAUGUGCAAGCUGAAGCCUCUGUUGAACAAGUGGCUGGAGGAGGCGGACUCCACUUCAGGCAGCCCGACCAGCCUGGACAAAAUCGCCGCACAGGGCAGGAAAAGGAAAAAACGGACCUCGAUCGAGGUCAGCGUCAAGGGGGCUUUGGAGAGCCAUUUUUUGAAGUGCCCAAAACCCGCAGCGUCGGAAAUAAUCUCCCUGGCGGACAGUCUGCAUUUGGAGAAAGAAGUGGUAAGGGUUUGGUUUUGUAAUAGGAGACAGAAAGAGAAACGGAUGACGCCUCCUGGAGGAGCUCUGCCGGGGAGCGAGGACGUGUACGGGGACACGCCGCCCCACCACGGGGUCCAAACCCCGGUUCAGUGAGCUCCGCCUCGCAUCUUGGAGCGCUCCGACAGGAC